AUGGAGACCAUGGCGGUGGCUAGCCAUGUUUUACUCCAAGCUUGGAACCCUUCUUAUUCUCAACAUGGAUUUCGCAAUUUCGCAAGUUGUAAAUUGGUGUACAAGUCACCUUGGUACGACCACGACUAUUUUUUCCUUUUAUGCUGGCCGAAUUUCCUUGCACCCCAAGUCCGCUUGAUUGGCCGGACUUGGCCUUCUGUUGGGGUUUGA